UGAAAAACUUCUAUAUGACACUUUCAGUGCUUUUGGAGUCAUUGUUUCAAAUCCAAAGAUAAUGAGAGAUCCAGAGACCGGGAAUUCCCGUGGUUUUGGCUUUAUUAGCUAUGAUUCUUUUGAGGCUUCUGAUGCAGCUAUUGAGGCAAUGAAUGAUCAGUAUCUUUGCAAUCGUCAGAUAACAGUGUCUUAUGCAUACAAGAAAGACACAAAAGGGGAGCGUCAUGGCACUCCUGCAGAGAGAGUUUUGGCUGCGAGCAAUCCAACUGGCCAGAAAAGUAGGCCCCAUACCUUGUUUGCAAGUGGACCUCCUAUGCUUCCUUCACAGCACAAUGGUACGGCCAGUGCUCUAGUGCCACCACACGGUCUAUCACAAAUGGCAGUGUUCCUCCACCCCCGAUCCCAGCACUCCGUCCACCACCUCCACAGGCUGGUGUUUACGCCCCCAUGCAGAUGCCCGGACCACCAUCCUGGCAGGGUCAACCACCACAACCUGGUCAAAUUGGCAUGGUUCCGCCAAUGCAGGAGUUCAGGAGCAUGCCGCCGCCGCCACCUUCACAAGUUGCAUCUGGUCUAGUUAGGCCCCCACCACCUCCAUCUAGACUUGUUGCUCCACCUGUUUGGCGGCCACCACCACCGCAUUACCUCACUGGUGGACAACAUUCUAUUCCACAGAUGUCGAUGCCCCCACCGCCACCACCUCAAUAAGGUUGUAACUUACUGAGCCUUUUCAGUUAAAGCUCAAAAAAAAUUGACCCUUUUUUUUUUGGGUUUCAUUAGUUUUACCUAAUGCACUGUAAAAUUUUAAGAGAACAAGCAUGGUUAUUGAUCUUUAUGGCAAGUACCUGGCAUGUAUUCUUAAGCUGCUAAACAUUAAGUGCUGAGAUUUAGUGACGUGUAAGUAGAGUUUUCUAUUAUUUGUUUGUACA